AUGUUUGCGCCGCAAGCAUCACCGUGGCUGCAGAAUGUCUCUCAGCUCGAGGUGCUCAUUACCCGGGCGUGCAACCCGACCAUGGGCGAGCCCAAUUACGCUGCUCAUCUCGAGGUCGCGGACUACAUCAACCAAAAGAAGGCAAACACGCACGUUUCCGUUUCCACCCUUGUCCCUGAGCCGAAGGCUAACCAUACCUCUCCCGCUCUCUCCUUCUCCCCACGAGAAGCGGCGACGACGAUCGCCCGGCUCGUGAACCACCGGAACCCUCACAUCGCGAUGCUCGCGCUCGCGCUCCUCGACACCCUCGUGCAGUCGUGCGGCUACCCCUUCCACCUCCAGAUCGCGACCAAGGAGUUCCUCAACGAGCUCGUCCGCCGCUUCCCCGAGCGCCCCCCGCCGUUCCCCGGCCCCGUCAUGCAGAAGAUCCUCGACCUCAUCCACGGCUGGAAGGAGGGCAUCUGCGUCGACAGCCGGUGGAAGGACGACUUCGGGAACGUCAGGGACAUGCACCGCCUGCUCACCUUCAAGGGCUACCGCUUCCGCGACCAGACGCGCCAGGCGAGCGCGGCCGCGACCGUCGCCUCGAACAUCAAGUCUGCGGAUGAACUGGAGGCGGAGGACCGGGAGGCCCAGUCGGCGAAGCUCCAAGAGCUCAUUCGAAGAGGGACGCCCCGCGACUUGGCCGCCGCGCAGGAGCUCAUGAAGAGCCUCGCCGGCGCGAACCCAGACGCGAAGCCGGACUACAGGACACAGGCGUUGAACGAGUUGAACAAGCUUGAGAGCAAGGUCAUCCUCCUUAACGAGAUCCUGGACAACGUGGAUACCACGAACGGAGAGAAGUUUGCCAAAGGGGACGUGUAUGAUCAAGUCGCGUCAAUACUCCGGGACGCGCGGCCGAAAAUCCAGAAGUGGAUAUCCAGCGCGGAGACGGACGAUCCAGAGUCACUCGACACCUACCUGCAGAUCAACGACCAGAUCAACACCGUCCUGAACCGCUACGAGGCGUACAAGCAGGGCGACUUCUCGGCCGCCGCGAACCCCAUCCCGCCCGAGCUCUCGAACGGCGCCGGGUCGAGCCAAGGGGUCUCGCUCAUCGACUUCGACGACGCACCCGCACCGACCGCCUCGGCAAGCGGCGGCGGCGGGCUGAACGACCUCGCGGGGCUCUUCGGCUCGAGCGCGCCUGCACCAGCGCAGGCGGUCCCGGCACAGGGCAUGAUGGGCGGCAUGGGCAUGGGUAUGGGCGGCAUGAUGGGCAUGGGCAUGCGGCCACAGCAGCCCCAGGCGAUGGGCGCGCAGAUGAACAUGGGGUUGGGCAUGGGCAUGGGCAUGGGCGGGAUGGGGAUGGGGAUGAUGGGCAGCUCAAGUCACCCGUCGACGCCGCAGGCCCCGACGCUCAUGAACGGCUCUGGCAGCGCGCCCGUCACGCCGAACCGGACGGGCAUGGCGUCGCCCCCGAUGGGCAUGGGCUCGAUCCGCCUCGGGACUCCACAGCUGCAGCCGGGGACGCCGCAGGCGCACACACCGCAGACGGGGAUGGGGAUGGGGGCGAACAUGGGUAUGGGCAUGGGUAUGGGCAUGAGCAUGCAACAUCAGUUCCAGCAGCAGCAGCAGCAGCAGCCAUCACAAGGAUUCGCGAUGCAGGGCUUCCAGCAGCCGAUGCAGCCACAGCAACAGCAGCAACCACAAACACAAGCACCCGCGAACGGGCAGCAGGCGCAGGGCAAGGAUCCGUUCGCAGACCUCGUCGGACUGUUCUGA